UGAUGGUGACUGUUKAAUGCAUUUUUUUUGUCGCCUAGAUAACCUGCACUUGGUUCUGCUUUUUCAAUAAAUAUACCUAAUAGGCAACUCACGCGACUCCGGCAACCAAAGUAACUACGUUUAUUUCUGGAAGAUAAAGAGAGUAGAGUCWAGCUGUCUUCCACCAGUGUCCCCCCGGUUCACCCGCAAUGCGGCACAUCUUCUACUGAGGUGGAAUAGAAACGGUUCCAGGAAAUCGAUUACUUGUGCCACUGCUCACUUGGCAACUGAACGACGGGCUGCGAGGUUGCUUGUGAGUUUGGUUUGGAAUAAGACCUAAAUUGAAGAGCGACUAAAACGUUUAGGGGAGUUWAGGUUACUUAUUGAAAGAUUCUGCAAAAGGUGCCAAGAUGUCCAAUGAGGUUGAUGCGGGGGACUAUGGGCCAAUGAAACGGCUCAGUACCAUGUUUUCAACCCUCCAGGAUAAGCUACACAGAGACCGGAGUGAUAGGGAUUUGACCCUGCCUCAGCCUACUGCCCCAGCUCUCGCGGUGACCUCUUUCUUUGAGUACCUGGUGGUGGUCAGCCUAGGGAAGAAGAGGGGGCAAGGGACGUAUGAACCCCAGAUCACAUAUCAGUUUCCCAAGCUAGCUGAUAUGGGGCGCUCACAGAGAGAGGAAGAAGAGAAGUCCCUGAAAGCCAUCCUCCUUUUCUGUUUCCCAGAGGGGGUCAACUGGGCCCCCCUCACUGAAUACCCCAGUGAGACCUUCUCCUUUGUUCUGACGGAGGUCGACGGCAGUAGGAGGAAUGGCUACUGCAGGAGGUUACUGCCCCAUGGCAAAGGGGCGCGGGCUCCGGAGGCCUAUUGCAUCAUCAGCCGGGUGGCCUGCUUUGGACUCUUCUCUAAGAUCUUUGAUGAGGUGGAGAAGCGCCGGCAGAUCUCUAUGGCGAUGAUCUAUCCAUUCAUGCAGAGCCUGAGGGAGGCGCCGUUCCCUGCUCCUGGAAACACUGUCAAGAUCAAGAGCUUCAUUCCAGAGUCUGGAACAGAGAUCAUCAGUUUGACGAGGCCGUUGGACUCAUGGUUGGAGCAUGUGGAUUUCCGGACACUGUUCCGCUGUCUCACAAAUGAGGAGGUGCUGAAGGUGUUUGCGUCCACCGUGCUUGAACGACGAAUCAUCUUCAUGGCUGAAGAACUCAGUACCCUGUCCCAGGUGCUGCAUGCAGUUGUGGCACUGCUCUACCCGUUCACAUGGCAACACACCUUCAUCUCCAUCGUUCCCUCAGUGCUGAUUGAUGUCGUCAUGGCACCCACUCCCUACCUACUUGGUGUCCAAAGGAACAAACUGGAUGAUGUCAUCGACCAGAGCGAUAUGCUCAUUGUGGAUCUGACAGAAGGAGCAGAGAACACCUUCAUAACUUGUAUAGGAGACGAGAGCACCAUCCUACCAGAGAAACUACAGGAGGAGCUUCUCCAGGCCUUGUGUUGCAGAAGAGACAACUCCACCUCAGAGGAGUUAAACAAGGUGGUCUCAGAGGCCUUCCUCUCCUUCUUUGUGAAGACGGUGGGUCAUUUCUCCUCCCAUGUCAAAGGCAGCAGCGGUAGGAAGCCRGGAGUGUUCCAGAAGAAGAGCUUCUGCAAGGCCUCRGAGCACAAGGCCAGCCAACAUUUUGUCAAGCGUUUUAUCCAGACACAGAUGUUUGACAUCUUCAUACAGGAAGUGGAGCAACGGCCCACACAGGAAGGAUUCUUCCACAAAAAAAUUGCGGAGUACCAAGAGAGUAAGAAGAAGGAGAAAGCAAAGAGAGGACAAUUACCAAAAACACACCACCAGGCUGUGUAAGGACUA